AUUUAGUCUUUCAUGUUAUCUGGCCGGCGAGCCGACAGUCUGAGAGGAGGACCGAGGGAGGGGGGGACAGGGUGAGCUGUCAGACUGUUUGUGUAUCUUGUUCCUUCCACCUCUCCCCUACCUCUACCUGCCCAGCUUUCUGUCCAUCACUCCUUCCCAGCGUCUGCAUCUCGUGGAUCUAUCUCUGCUGUGGGUGAAGCUCUGAAGGAAAGGGGGGAACCUGAGCGGAGAGGCGGCUCGCCUCCUCUGCAGCCCUCUCCAUCCAGUCGGCCGUAGAUGACCUCUGCUCUCCUAUUCUGCUCCUCAAUACCAUGAACAAGAUGAAGAACUUUAAGAGACGGUUCUCGCUGUCGGUCCCACGUACUGAAACCAUCGAGGAGAACGAGUUCACUGAACAAAUCAACCAGCUGAACAUCAGACACACCCAGGGCCUGACUCCAGACAGACUCGGUCCUCCGUCCCACGAUGCCAGCCCAGUGAGCCCUGAAGCUACAACACCAGGAGCUCACUCUCCAUCCCACCUCCACUACCACAGCCAGGCUCAGCACAGACGCUUUUCCAUGGAAGAUGUGAGCAAACAGAUGGCUCUGCCCAUGGACAUCCGCCUACCUGCAGAAUUUCUCCAGAAACUGCAAAUGGAAAGUGAAAAUUCUCCACUCUGCAAACCUCUGAGCCGCAUGUCCAGACGGGCUUCCCUGUCUGAUAUAGGAUUUGGGAAACUGGAAACGUAUGUGAAGCUUGGAAAACUAGGUGAGAUCUUUAUGUUCCAGCUGCUGCGUGGUCUUUCCUACUGCCACAAAAGAAAGAUCCUCCACAGAGACCUGAAGCCCCAGAACCUUCUCAUCAACGAUAAAGGCGAACUCAAACUGGCUGAUUUCGGUCUGGCCAGAGCUAAAUCUGUUCCCACCAAGACCUACUCCAACGAGGUGGUGACUCUGUGGUAUCGACCCCCCGACGUGCUCCUGGGCUCCACCGAAUACUCCACGCAUAUCGACAUGUGGGGUGUAGGUUGCAUCCUGUUUGAGAUGGCAACAGGUCGUCCGAUGUUUCCUGGUGCCACAAUAAAGGAGGAGCUACACUUGAUUUUUAGAGUCAUGGGGACUCCGACAGAAGAAACUUGGCCUGGAAUCAGCGGCAACGAGGAGUUCAGGUCUUACCUCUUCCCCCAGUACAGAUCUCAACCUCUCAUCAACCACGUGCCCCGGUUGGACACAGAGGGAAUCGAUCUGCUGACAGCUUUGCUUCUGUACGACACCAGAACCAGAAUCUCCUCUGAAGCCGCUCAGCACCACCCCUACUUCCAGAGUCUGGGGGAAGACAUUCAUCAUUUGGCUGACAACGCUUCAGUGUUUUCCCUCAGAGAGGUGCAGCUCCACAAAGAUCCAGGACAUCGAAGUUCAGUGUUUCAGCCUCUAAGCCGAGGAAAGAACCGACGACAGAGCAUCUUCUAGACGCUGCAGAAGAAGAAGAAGAAGAAG